AUGGCUAAACGCAUGAAAGACAUGGAAUCUGAGCUCCGCGAGGUCAAGAGUAGGUCUGUCAGUCCUGUUCAGACCCCCCGUCGCGGCGGGGGCACCUCGGGAUUCCGAGGCACAGGCCAGGCACCUAGCCCGGCUGGGUCCUCAGUGGCUGGGCCCCUAGUAGACGACUGGCAAUUAGUCCUUGGAGGCUAUGCAGACGCGAAACGGGAAGAGAUCCAAGCUGAAGUCAGAGCUUUGUUUGAGGAAGCGGAGGCCUCCCCCCUUCUCAAGAACAUUAUCACGCCCUUUGUCCGUUCGAACAUUUGUCGGAUGGAGCUCUUGUACCUGGAUGAAGGUUUUGGGGCUCGCAGGGGUGUCCAACAGGCUGUGAUUGUCGCUCUGCGAAAGGCAAUUGACGCACGGGGGAAGAAAUCCACCAUCAUGGGGCAAGAGCGUGCUUCGCUCUGGGUCUCACGAAACCGGGGGCCCGAAGAGAGGAAUCGGAACAGGGCGCUCUUAGGUCUUAGGGACUUAGGCCUUGCUCACCUCCCACCGCAAUUGGUGGACCUCGAUUGGAAAGGUCGAUUGUGGUACAACGGUACCCAGGUACUGUACCACGUCGACCGCGAUGAUCCCACUGAUGACGCGCUUAUGUUUCUUUCUACGCGAGGCGACGAAAGCGGCUGGUGGGUCUCGCUGCGAAGGGUGUCGUCUUUGCUCCAGGUUAGUGAAGACGAGGAGGUCGGAGGCUUUAGUCACCUGCAGGUUGGUCAAACGAUCACCCUGGACCUCUUCAUUGGCGAUUCUGAGUAUGUUGUGUACGUCCAUAACACCACUAAGGCACACCUUGCGACAGCGGUGGCAGUGCAAUCGGCUAUGGAGCCGUCUGCUCCGAAGUUUACUUCCCUUUCUGCUGGGUUUCUUGUUGAACUGUUUUUGGGAUCUUCCCACUUUCUCCUUGGCUCCCUCCACCUUCCGUAUGAACAGCGAAAUGAUGCGACUGAGGUCUGGCUCGAUUCAUUAGAAAGUUUCACCGUGGUACUGUCCUCCUUGUCCCCUUGCUGCACUGUUUUUGUUGGGGCUGACCUCAACCAACCACUUUAUGUGGAAGUUGACAACUUUCCCGCCGUUGCCCAGCUUCGACUCAUGGCUGCUCGGUUCAUGCUACGCUUUUCGGAUGACGUGGGGGACACUUGGCAUGCCAGGGGUUUGUCGGCACCCAUUGAUUUCAUCCUCUUUCGCCAUCAGGGCAUGUUAGGCCACACCACCAAACGCGAGGACCUGCGACUGGCACUUCCCUCUGACCACGAUAUGGUUCAAGCUUGGGCUACUCAAUUCGCCUCCCUUCCCCAGGCGCACACAGCGGAGGACCUUAGCUCUGUUUUCGCUAAGGUGCGCUUUCGACAGGCCUCUCUCCGCUACCGGGAUUCAGAGGAAAUUAAGGAAUUGAUCCGGCAGCGAAAAGUGGCCCAGGAUCCAGUUCUCAGGGCGGCCCUGGCCCUAGAGAUUGCACAGCAAAGAUGCCUGGACCAGGAGUCUCAUCGUAAAAGUAUCUUGGAAAGGGCGCGCUCGGGCGACUUUGCAGCUAUCUCCUACCUCAGGCGCAGUGCGUCUCAGACGAAGGUGGCUGGGUCUUACAUCCAGUCUAGAGGAGGGCUGGAGACGGCCACCGAGGAGCUGAGAGACUUCUACAACCGGAAGUAUGAUGCUGCAGGGACUGGUGCGGACCUCGGCAAAAUUGAAGCAGUCAGAGCUUUGCACGAGGAGGCCCCGUGGGUACCUUUCACCCUUAAAGAACUCGUGGAAGCCACUAGUAAGAUCAAGCGAGGCACGUCCUCUGGUGAGGACGGGGUUCCUUACGAGGCCCUUUAUGCCUAUGCGGUCUCUGACCACGGGACAAAACUUCUGCAUUUGUUCAACCGGUUUUUGUCGGGGGACCUUCCACUGCCUGCAUCUUGGAGGGAAGGAAAUAUCGUUCUUCUUCCCAAGACACCGCAGCCAAAAGGGCCUGCGGAUCUACGCCCUAUUGCUCUCACGUCUUGUAUGGCCAAGGUGUACCCCCGGCUCCUCCUUGCUAGGCUGGAAAGUCGCUUUCCUCCCUUCGAUGCUGGACAAUUCGGAGCGCGCAAAGGAGUGCAGACGAUAGAUGGAGUGGCGGCCGCGCACAUGACCAUGCGCCUCGCUGUUUCUAGAUACAAGUCGAGGCCUGUUAUUGCCAAGUUAGAUGUGAAGGCUGCUUUUGACAGUUUGAGUUUUGAUGCCAUACUCGAGUUUUUGCGUCAUACUCAGCCUUCUCGUGAAGCCUGGCUGUUGUGGGACCUGUGCUCUUCGUGCAGUGUCAACAUGAGGCUCGGAUCGAGAGCUUGGUCUGUGCCCCUUAAGCAAGGCCUACCACAAGGGACUGCUUACAGCGCAGUCCUUUUCGGACGAGUCUUGGACUGGUUUUUAGGGCCCCUCAUCCGCACCUGGGAGCAGCGCUGGCCUGAUUGGCGCCUGCCAUUUUUGUUGUUGUACGCUGACGAUGUUCUUCUUCUUGCCCCUUCGGCCGCUCGGCUGCAGCAGAUGACGCAGGAAGUAGUCGACCUUCUGUCCACAUUGAAUCUCCGGGUCAACGCGGCCAAAUGCUCAGUGCUUGACACGGAGGAGGGGGUUGGCCAUGGGAUUUUUCUCCGGGGACACUGUGCUCCUCUUAAGACCGAGGCGUCCCUCCUUUAUCUGGGGGUGCCACUGCAAUUUGACUUCAGCCCGAUGACAUGUUUCGGAAGGGCGCUGGGGAGGUGUUCUAAUACCUUCUUUGCUAUGCGGAACCUUUUCAACUCGCGACUUCUGCCUGCGGUCAAGAAAAUCCAGCUUUUUGACCUGUAUGUUACCUCGAGAUGGCUCUGGUGCAGCGGGCUCAUCUGGCCCACUAAGGUCUCCCUGCGGAGCCUUACUAGUCAUCAGACGACCUUGCUGCUGGGACUUCUCGGCUUUCGUGCCGACUUCUUUGGAGAGUUCUUGCAUAACGUAGUUGCGAAGCGUAGAGCUGUUAGAUGUGUCCUGCAUACACUCCAACUCGAGACGUGGGACCAGAAGUGGCUGAAGCAGGUCUGGCGAUACUGGGGCCAUGCCGCCAGAAAUUCGGUUUCCACGCCUCUGAAAUUCUUGAUGCACGAAUAUGGGAACAUUGGACUCAUGGCAGGUAGAUCCCUGCCGGGAUGGGUUUCGAAAAUCAUUCCCAGCAAGCUACAGCUUGUUUUUGCAGAGCUUAGAGAAGCCUGCCAUCCGGCCUUGUGGGAAUCUGCAGCUCUCAAUAGACCUCUGUGGCAAAAACUUCUGGAACCUUGGUGUAAGCACUGGGGGACGGGGCCUCCCUCCACCGACCUUUUAGGCCGCCAACUUCUGAUCAUUGACAAAGCCGAAGCUGUUCUACGGCCAUUCAGGUUCUUCCCUGAGGAGGCCUACACAUGCUCGGUUUGUAACAUACAGGGGACUAAAAUACUACCCUCCGGACCGCUCUUGUGGUGCUCUAUAAGCUCCACAGGGGUCUCCGUGGUCGUUGUUCCGAGUUCUAGAUCAGCGGCGUCGGCCUUAGUUGUCCAGGAGCAGCAUCCUGUCGGCUCGGAGAGUACUCUGUCGCGCGCUCUGCACCUUUGGAACCUGAUUGGCUUGAUACACAGAAUUAGUGGUGUCCAUAUGGAUGUUCGCCUCGUCGUUCCUUCCGAGUGCGUCACCAGCAGCCUCCUUAGUGGGGACGUGACACUCGCGACUAAAGCAUGGCAUGCGUCCUUUGAAAAUCAGGAGCGGUGCUUUGAUCUGCUCAGCCGCACUGUUGUGUGGAAAGGCAAGGACCUCUGUAAGCUUCCUGCCUUCCUGCGCUCCCUGCCGGCCACGCAGGGUGUGGACCAGUGUGUAGACAGCGACAGCGACUCUGAAGACUCUGAGUGCAGGACCCCUAGAGCACGUGAGUCUGACCCGGCCUACCUUAGGCACCACCUGGCCACGCUGACUGCUGACAGAAGGGAUCGGCCCAUUGAGGCUAAAGCCUUCCACCUCCUUAGACGUGGUGAGCCGCCCUGUAAAUCCGAUAUCCUUACACUUUUUGACCUGCUUCCCCGAAGUACACUCAAACGUAGUCCUAGUGGCAGGUAUGUUGUCCUAGGGGCCUCACCUAGGAGCCGUGAUGAUCUUGUUACCUUCAGCCACUGCAUGCCGCUCUUCACACUCGCGGUGAAUCGCUUCUUGAGAGCGCACGCACCGACAGCUAGGUACUCAACGCUGGUACUUCGUGAGGGGUGUGCUUCGGCUCCCCAUAGGGACAUCCGCAAUGGGCCUACGAAUGCCUGCAUCUUCGGUUUGUCUACACGGGGUGCUGAGGAUGGGCUUUGGGUUCAACAUGCUGACGGGACUGGUUUUCUCAAUCGAUCAGCCCAUCUUUAUCAACACUCGUGGUUUACUGCACGCGGGGCACUGUCAUACCAGCUCGAUCGUAAGGGGCAGAUCUAG